AUGGUUGAUGUUGAAAUCCUGGAUAUUGAAGUGGUUGAUAUUGAGAGGCUCGAUAUUGAAAUCCUUGAUAAUUGGACCCUUGUCCCUGUCCUUGAGAUUAUUUUAUCGUUGGAGAUUGGACUGGUCUAUUUUGACAUCUACUCUGCACUCAACCUGCUGCUUCUCUCCAUCUCAAGACAUUUCUCUGUCGGUCGCCGGAACCCGACUAUUAGUUUAUCUAUAUCAAGAUUUGUUCCUGAUUUUGUCUUUUCCCUUCAGAUAAGAAAAACACCCAAGUCUUCACCUCCUUCUCAAGCAAUGGAGUUCUUGGAAGCAAAGGAGGUCCAAGUCGGAAUUGGUGUUGCCAUUGUUGCUGUUGUUGCAACUGCAGCCUACUUGUAUACCUCAAAGAAGAGCAAAGUAGGGAGCAUAGACCCUGAAAAUUUUAAGGAAUUCAAGCUUGUGAAGCGCACACAGCUUAGCCAUAAUGUUGCAAAGUUCAGAUUUGAGCUUCCUACACCUACUUCUGUGUUGGGCCUUCCUAUUGGACAACACAUAAGUUGCAGGGGUAAAGAUAGUCAAGGGGAAGAGGUUAUCAAACCCUACACCCCAACCACCCUUGACACUGAUGUGGGAUAUUUUGAGUUAGUUAUUAAGAUGUAUCCACUAGGUCGGAUGUCCCACUACUUUAGAGAGCUGCGUGAAGGUGACUAUAUGGCUGUAAGGGGACCCAAGGGGCGUUUCAAGUAUCAACCUGGUGAGGUGAGAGCUUUUGGAAUGCUUGCUGGGGGGUCUGGAAUCACUCCAAUGUUUCAGGUUGCUAGAGCUAUACUAGAAAACCCAAAGGACAACACCCAGGUGCAUCUCAUAUAUGCUAAUGUCACAUAUGAGGACAUCCUUCUUAAGGAAGAACUGGAGGGACUUGAAGCUAAAUACCCGGGGCGUUUCCAUGUCUACUAUGUGCUAAAUCAGCCACCAGAGGAAUGGACAGGUGGAGUUGGUUUUGUAUCAAAAGAAAUGAUCCAAGCCCACUGCCCAGCACCUGCACCCGAUAUCAAGAUUUUAAGGUGUGGGCCACCACCAAUGAACAAGGCCAUGGCUGGUCAUCUAGAUGCAUUGGGAUAUUCGGCAGAGAUGCAAUUCCAGUUCUAAUUCAUAAACAUAUUCACAUGUCAUGGAUUCUACAUAUUGUUGCUCUAUUUUGAAGAAUAUUGAGUAUGCUACCACUUGAUCUUGAUUGAGUCUAUAAUAUACUCGAAUAAAGUUUUGGCCAUUGAUGUUAACCAUGGGAACAUGCAACAUAUGCAUUUUGUUUGGCAUCUUUAUGGCUCUUUCAUAGCUUGGGUAGAGGGGAAGUUGGUAAACAUUUAGCAACAAACAAAAACAUGACUAUAUAUAUACUUCAUAAGUUAAUCUUCUUGCAUAUGAAAGACUAAUUUCUAUCAGUGUUAUAUGAGUUUGAAAUAUUGUAACAAAUUAUAAAAAUAAAU